AGAACCCGUCUUGGCUCAAGUGAUCGAAGAUGGGCUGGAUCGCUGAAACCAAUCGAAUCGCCAAAGGCGCGCGUUCCAAAGGGAAGCGGAUCUACCACAAAGUCUUUGGGCCAUCCCAUCAGCAAUGGAAGUGGGUGAAGGAUAUGCUGAAUCUUCUCAUCCUGAACCAGCGUCUCGAGACCUCCCUGCCCAGAGCGAAAGAGCUGCAGCAAUACGCGGAGGAGAUCGUCUUUUUAGCGAAGAAGAAUUCACCCUACCAUGAUGGCCUCGUGGAGAGCAUGUUGACUUCUCCCGAAGCGCGCCGGAUUCUGUAUGAGCGAAUGCUGCCCAGGUACAAGGACCGCCACUUCCAUGUCUCCCGCGUGGUGAACCUCUUCACUUAUCGUCAGAGGGACACCACUCCCAUGGCCAUCCUGGAGUACGUGGACCGCCCGGGCGAGGUGCGCCCCGCCAAUCCGGUGGGUGCUGCACGAAAGCAGCAUGUGGCCAUGGAAUUCCUGGAGACACGGCGAAGCCGGAGGAAGCACCUGGCAGAAGUGCAGAGGAUGCUUGAAAGCAAACGAUCACCUCCUCUGGAUGCGGCCGUCCUGGAGCGUCUUCGCUUCGAAUGUACAAAGUACGAGGACUUAGAGCCCUGGACCCCAAAGCGCCUCGAGGAAUGACUCGGUCACCGAUCGGCGCUCCGCUCGGAGCGCGGCGAAAAGGGCGAAAAAGGGCUCAUCGCGCGAAGACUAUUUUUCGAUGGGAAGACGACAGAUGUGACUAGGGCCAUAGGGCAAAUAGAAGGAGGACGCAUGUUUCGUGGAUUU